AUGAAAUUCAUCUCGACUCUCUUGUUUGCUUCUUUGGCCAUCUUCAGUGCCAAUGCUAACCACCUUCCAACUACGGAUUUUGGGCCAGGCUGUCUCAACUUUCAAGAUGACGGAAGCUGGAAUCAAGUCCCUGAUUUUGUGACGAAUGAUCCAUUCUUGGUGGCUCCAGAAUCCCCAUUUCGCUUCAGCUCAGACACCCGCUUUCCCGACCAAGCAGUACGGGUGGGAGCCACUGGUGAGCUUUCUGCUUCCGACUACGAUUGGACUCUUGGCAUUUUUGACACCAAGGCUCAGAAUGGUGGUGCCAUAUAUGAAGCCUGGUACAAGAGUAACGAUCAUGGCACGUUUGCCACUACUUGGCAUGCGACAUCGGCCAAUGGCAAUAAACACAAUACCUUUCAGAUUGUAAUCUCAGAGGCUAUUGGGGGCGACAUGGGAGAAGGCAACAACGUUUGCUUUUGCUACGGUGAUAUGCAGUGGGGACCAGGCAAUGUCCAUGUUGCAUCCUCGAACAGCAGUGAUCACACUCACGUUGACUUUUCGGGUGGAACCUAUCAGAAUGCGGCUGCAGACAACUCUUUGGAUCACAAGACCUGUUGCUUUCAUGCUGACAAGCUAAAGCAAUUGGGAUCUAGCGCAGACUUUGCAAGCCUCUGUCAUUCCCGAGGUACCGAGGCUGGCUCCAAUGGCGACCCACAUUUCAAGACUUGGCACAAUCAACACUUUGAGUAUCACGGUCAGUGCGACCUUGUCUUGACCAAAGAUCCCGACUUUGCCGAUGGACUUGGGAUUGAUGUUCACAUUCGCACCAAACUCGUCAGACACUGGAGCUAUAUCAAGAAUGCUGUAAUUCGCAUUGGCAAUGAUAUUUUGGAGAUUGAAGGUUCUUCUGUGGAGUUUGAUUCCAAGCCUCACUACUGGAUCAACUACGAGUCCCAAGGAGAGCUUUCCCAGUUUGCUGGGUUUCCAGUGAAGAUGUUCUCUCAACAAGGAACGGCAGUCACCAAGAAUCGAAUCGAGAUUGACUUGAGUUCUGUCUAUCCAGGACAAAAGAUUGUCCUUUCUACCUACAAGGAGUUUGUCAAGGUUUCGUUCGAGAAUGCGAAUGAGGAAUCGUUUGGAACGAGUGUUGGUAUGUUGGGCGAUUUCAAUACUGGCCAAACUUUGGCUCGCGAUGGCGUUACUGUGCUCGAUGACUUUACCGACCUUGGGCAUGAAUGGCAAGUCCUUCCAUCGGACAAGCAUUUGUUCCGUGAAGCCUCUGCUCCUCAAUUCCCCGAAACAUGCAUUGAUCCCGAAGAUCCACGUGGCGAUCGCCGUCGUCGUUUGGAUGGAUCUUCUAUUGGUGAGGAAGAAGCCGAAACUGCCUGUGCUGGCAUUAAGGACGAGUUGGACCGCAAGGACUGCGUGUAUGACAUUUUGGCCACACAAGAUAUGGACAUGGCGGGAGCUUAUUGA